CCUGCAGUGCAAAAUACGGCAGUUCAUUCACGCAGUUGUUUACAUAUUACAGCUGACUCUUUGCUGUCAUGUGCCGCAGUAAGCUAGUUUUGUUUUGAUCUAUCUCAAAUUAUGUUAUCGAGUGUGCAGCCUGUUUGCUCCAGUGUGGUGCUGUAGAAAAUGGCUUGUUAUGUAGCCUUCAAAAAAGCUUUUCAGUUAUCGUGAUUUUGUAGCUGACUAUCACUGCUGACAACUGAAUGGAAGUAUGGCUACCUUGUUAGAGCAGUUGGAUCAGGUGAGAUGUCAGGCCGAGGCCUGCUUGUAUACUACCGGUUCGGUUCUGGAGGUGCGAGCUGGUGUGUCUGCCAUGUCCAACGUCCCCUUACCGCCCUCCGUCAAAUACCGUUACAUAGCUGCUGAGGCCAUGAUCAUAGAGAACACCGUUGGUCUCCAAAGGAAGGAGGUUAUUGGCACUCUCCAAAGAUUGUCCACAGCCCUGAAUAUCCUGGAGAAAUAUGGCUGUAACCUGACCUGCCCCAGUAGGCCCAAGUACUGGCGCACGGUCAAACACAACAACCCAGUGUUCAGGGCAACCGUGGACUCCAUCCAGGGAGGACGGGCAGUUCUCAGUCUCUAUGGUUACUCGAAUCAACAACCUGACGGACUGAGUUUCCCUGACGACGUGAUGGAGCCCGAUGUUGGGAAAGUUGCCGCGGUAACAUUGGAGGUCAUGAGCCUGAGGAUGGAGCUGGACAUGCUGAUCAAGGAAGCUCAUCCUCACACAGAGUUCUUUGAGAGAAUUGUCCCUUCACUCGGCCUACAGGGGGAAGUGGGAGGAUCCUCAGAUGUCGCGGCCACUCCGUCCAAUCAGAACCAGAGCCAGCACAGGUCCCUCCCCCCAGCCCAGUCCCCCAGAUCCAUCCAGGCCUUCUGUCCUGGACGCACAGCCAACGCCUCCACCUCCACCUGCACCAUCCCUGCCACCAAACACAUUGUUAGUUGUACCAUCUGUGGUAUAUUUCCUGUCGCUGCCCACUGUCCCACUUGUGUCCAAUCACUGUGCACGGAAUGUGACCGGCUGUAUCACUCGUACCCAGAACGAGCCAAUCAUCACAGGACUACUGUCAUUACCUCCAAAAGCAGGAAGCUUCACAGUAGUUCUCAGUCUUCGUGGCGCUGUGUCCACUGCACCACCAUCAACUCCCUUCAGGAUGUGCUGUGUGAGGCAUGUGAGCGCCCCCGUCUGGCCUGCACUGGACCUGCAGCCUCCGAAGAUGCCACCCAGCCUCCCAACAUCACUGAGUGGCAGUGUAAGAGCUGUACGGUGGUGAACGCAGGAAGCAGUAUUCUGUGUGAGGUGUGUGAGCGCCCCCGCCUGGCCACACGUCCACCGGUCACGCCUACCCACCCUCCCAACACUCCACCUCGACCCCCUGCGCCCGUACUGGGCAUGCCCGGUGACCCCGACAGCCAGUGGGUGUGUCAGUUCUGUACCUACGUCAACUACACCCCUGCAACUGUCUGCGAGAUGUGUGACCUGGCUCGUCCUGAGCCCGCCCCAAUGCCUGCCAAGCUCCGCCCUCCCUCGCCAGUGCGGCGAGUGCCUGCCCUGCCAGUCAAGCCCAAAGCCCCGCCCCCAGAGGAUCCGGAUUUGAGGAGACAGAGGCUGAUGCGGGAGGAGGGUCUGAAGAUGAUUCAGCUGAUCAGGGAUGGAGAGAAGAGAGGAGUGAGCCCAGAGGAGGUGUACACCGGCAUGCGGGUCGCCGGCAACGCCACAAUCCUGCCUUGCGAUUGGCUGAAAGCAGAGCUCCCUCAGCUAUUGGAGCAGAUCUGUGUGCGCGCGGCCUCCUCGCCCCCGGGACAGAACGGCCUGUCUGGGCCCGCCGACCACGAGGACGCUGGGACCGAGGCGGAGCACAGAGGAGGAGGGGGCGGGGUGCUGCUGUCGAGGGCGGAGGCCAAGCAGGCCUGGCUGUCUGCGGGGGGCGACACAGAGCGUGCAGCCAGACAGGCGCUCAGAGACAGACAGGCCAAGGUGAAGGAGCUGUGCUCCCUGGGCUUCAGCGACCUGGCCCGCUGUCACGAGGUCCUGAGGCAGACCGGGGGGGAGCUGCGGGGGGCUCUGUCCCUGCUGCAGCGCCCCCUGCUGGAGCCCUUCCACCAGCGCAUGUGGAGCGACCUGCCGGAGCCACCCAUAGACGUCAACCACCCAGACAAACAGCGUGUGUGCCGCAGGCUGCUGGCGGUGUACGGUCUGCCCAGCUGGGGCCGCUGUGAGCUGGCCCUGUCCCUGCUGCAGGAGCGCAGCGCCCCCUAGCUGGAGGACGUGGUGCAGGCCGUGCGCGAGUCUCAUGACCGGGACUUCAUCCGCCGUGUCCUGGCCAAGGAGUGUCCCAUCUGCCUGUCUGUCUUUCCUCACAGCAAGAUGCAGUCCCUGACGUCGUGCCAGUGCUCAGUGUGUUGCGGAUGCUUCCAGCAGCACUUCACCAUCGCGGUGAGGGACAAGCACAUCCGGGACAUGGUGUGUCCUGUGUGCUGGGAGCCCGACAUCAACGACCCCGAGCACCUCAACAGUUACUUCUCCACCCUAGACAUCCAGCUGCGGGAGUGUCUGGAACCUGAGGUGUAUGAACUCUUCCAUAAGAAGCUGACAGAACAGGCGCUGAUCAAGGACCCCAAGUUCCUCUGGUGCAGUCAUUGCUCCUAUGGGUUCAUCUAUGAUGGAGACCAACUCAAGGUCACAUGUUUCCAGUGCAGGAACAGCUUCUGUGCUCAGUGCAAGAAACCUUGGGAGUCUCAGCAUGGGGGACUGUCCUGUGAACAGUACCAGUCCUGGAAGAGGGAGAACGACCCAGAGUACCAGAGACAGGGUCUGGCGGGAUACCUCCGAGACAACGGCAUUACCUGUCCUAACUGCAGGUUCCAGUAUGCCCUGUCUAAAGGCGGCUGCAUGCACUUCAGCUGCUCUCAGUGCAGGUACCAGUUCUGCAGCGGCUGCAACAACCCCUUUCACACCACGUGUGCUGUGAACCAGUGCAGUGUGACAGGCCUGCAUGCCCAUCACCCCAGAGACUGCCUCUUCUACCUCCGAGACUGGGAGCCUAGCAGGCUGCAGGCCCUGCUGCUGAACAAGGGGGUGGAGUUUAACACCGACACUCCUCCAGGAACGCAGUCAGGGCUGUGUGGAGUGAUUGAACAGAAGGAUGAGGGAGGUCAGCAGAGCGACUCUGCUUGCGGGGCCGAGACACUGCCAGGACAGGCUGGACUCUGCGAGAAACACUACCGGGAGUACCUGGUGAACCUAAUUAACGGCCACUCCAUUGACCCCGCCCCCCUCUUCAACGCUAACGAGUUGGUACUGGCCUGCAGGAGAUACCAAGUGGAGGACACGCGGGGGGAGGCGGAGGAAGACCUGACGUACUACAUCAGACUUCUGGAGAAGCUGGUUGUCGAGGUGCCGCUCGGCGAUAAGGUUCCUCGCAAGAAAUGAGAAGGCUUGUUUCACUGGGGCUCUCUUGCCCAGCUGUGUAUUAUAGUCUGUCCCAUCUGGAUGUCGACUGUAGAUUCUCUCGAGCAUCCGACGAGUUGUCACGUGACUGUAUGUCGUGCUAUGGUUGUGCCACAAAUACUUUUAAUCAUUGCUUAAGGUAGCUGAACCCCUGGCAUGUAUUAUGUUGAAUGACUGUGUGUGUGUGUGACAGGUUAACUGCUUAAGAAGCAUCACUUCAUCACAAUGUAGGUGCAUGCUCUUUUCCCGUACUAUUAUCCAGCUAAGAUCUUACCACACAAGGUCAUUCAUGCUCAGCAGAAGCACACUCCACCCUACAGGUUCAGCAAUUCCUCUCCAGGAAGAGUUGCCGUGUUCAUCUGUACUCAAAGCCAUACUGUACAUAUCUAUCAAAGGCCCUGAAUGAGCUGCCAUAUGCGUUGUGCUCCUCUCAGUGUGAAGAUGUUGAGAGUUUAGGGCAGAUGUGUUCCAAGUCGAAGGGGCGAUGACUGCGUCUGAGAAGGUCUAAUCUCUCCCUGGAUCCCAACCACAGUUCAGAGCUGAUCUUUUGGAAACUAGACGUGUUUGACGCUGGUUUAUUGCAGUUAUACAAUUGUUUAUGACUCAGGCCUAGUCCAGUGAGCUGCCAGCACCGAGCAGGCUGGGAUCAGACCAGCCCUCUCCAGCACCGAGCAGGCUGGGAUCAGACCAGCCCUCCCCAGCACAGUCAGUCUGUCUGAUCCUGGAGCUCAGAGACACUGUGAGGUCACCGAGGACGGUUUCCUUCUCCUUCGCUCUGAACAUGAACCCUCCAGUGUGGCUCGUUUGGGACUGAUUUCACUCCUCUGAUCAAAGCUAAUUGUGAAACAACAGUAAAUAUCGUCAUACAUGUUUGUUUAUAUCUCCCGUGCAUCUAGGAAUACACCACAAAAGGUUUUUAUGGAAUGUACAUUAUAUGUGAAUAUUGCCUUUGUUGGAUCUCAGUGACACUAAAACAGUAAAGAAUGUGAAAUACACAUUGUUGUUCAACGGCUAAAGCUUUGGGGUUCAUAUUCUGGUAAUCUCUUAGGAUCUCAGUUGUCCUUCAGUACAAAUGCUGCAUCAUGAUUAAACCAACCUGAACCACAGUAAACCAACAGCGACAGACAAUAAGGAAGAUUCUCGGUGCGUCGACUGAGGCCUCGUCAGACAGAAUACCUGAAGCUUCGAGCCACGCCGGUGUUUGACUGGCAUAACGUCAGAGGGCUGAUCAUCUGAAAUACGUUUUUUAUGUGUCGGGCGUCUUGACAAGAAUGAUUUGCAAUUUAGAUUUUCUUGCCCUGUCUCAAUUGACGACAGUCUGAUCUCAUCCCCGAGCAUUUCUGCACACCGUGUGAGGUCAAAAGGAGGUGAAGCCAAAGGGUUUACCUCUUACAUUUAGUCAUUUAGCAGACGCUCUUAUCCAGAGCCACUUACAGUAAGUACAGGGACAUUCCCCCCGAGGCAAGUAGGGUGAAGUGCCUUGCCCAAGGACACAACGUCAUUUGCACAGCAGGGAAUCGAACCAACAACCUUCUGAUUACUAGCCCGACUCCCUAACCGCUCAGCCAUCUGACCCACCCCAGACCUGGAGCUAGUACCUGCUCCAGAACGGGAUUACAAACCCAGUGCAGAACAGACAGAAAGGCUGAAGUUCUCCACUAUUCUGUGGUGGACACCGUCAUCCUGUAGUUAACAGAGCUCGCCCUCACUUUGAAGAGGCAGGAAACGCCUGCCUGGUGUACGCCAAGUGCAUGUGAAGGGCAGGCCGGAAUAUCGUUUUGCAUUGCAGCCAGGCUGCAGCUGUCUAGGGAAGAUAGUGCUGGUAAAAAAAUUGUCAUGGGUGAUGUGAAUGUCCUGGAGUUGGAAAAGCAAUCAGGAAGUGUUGUUCACCGUGUCUCUGGUGUCAGAGCAAAAAAUAUAUAUACAUGCAUUCUUUCUUUUCUUUUUUACACAGGGGAAAAUGUAUUUCCACCCAUUUUGUGAGUAUUUGCUUCAUAGUAAAGAAAGUUGAGUAGAGAGAGAAGUGUGUGUGUGUGUGU